GAGGCUGGCAAGAGCACAGCGCUGCUGCUGGGUUGAGGAAAUUGAUGACGGGGAAGCAUGCGGGCAACACAGUGUAUAAAACUCAUAACCGUGUAGGCUGAAGCUCAGCUACUACUUUGGACGGCUGCUUCCCUCCAGCAAAGACCACGACGGCAGGGAGCUGAGCAGGAGCCAGCUGCGAGACAUGAAGAGCCUCUUGCUGCUGACCACACUCCUGGUACCUCUGCACCUGGGCAUGGCCUGGAGCGCCAAAUAUGCGGUGGAUUGCCCGGAACAUUGUGACAAAACUGAGUGCAGAAGCAGCCUGCGUUGCAAGAGGACAGUGCUGGAUGACUGUGGCUGCUGCCAGGUGUGCGCCGCGGGACCUGGAGAAACCUGCUACCGUACAGUCUCAGGCAUGGACGGGGUCAAGUGUGGUCCGGGGCUGAAGUGUCACUUUUACAGCGAGGAGGAUGAUUUUGGUGACGAGUUUGGUAUCUGCAAAGACUGUCCCUAUGGCACCUUCGGGAUGGAAUGCAAAGAGACUUGCAAUUGCCAGUCGGGCAUAUGUGACAGGGUGACCGGAAGAUGUCUGGACUUUCCCUUCUUCCAGUAUGCAGCAGCCAAAUCUCCCAGCAGGACCUCUGCCUCCCACACAGAGCGUGACUCAGCAUCCGGAGAUGGCAACGCUGUGAGAGAAGAGAUUGGAGAAGGGAACGCUGCUCGGCCCUCCGUGAUGAAAUGGUUAAAUCCACGCUGAUCCUGGCUGAGAUUUGCCAAGAGAAGGCUCCAUUUUAGUGACCAACAUUCAGCCAACAUUUUAAGAACGGUCUAGAACAUAGGCUGUGGACAUGUAAUUUAUGGAGAUCAAGUGUGAUUCAGAAAAAGAAUGUAGGCUACAUACAACCCAUAAGACACAUAUGACUGAACCCUUUUAGGUAUUUGCUAAAUAUUUAAAUUCAUAUAGAUCUGCUAAGUGUGUGUGUGUGUGUGUGUGUGUGUGUGUGUGUGUGUGGUAUCACCAAGGAACUUGAGAUGGCCUUGCUGUCGAUGAGUAAUCCAAUCAAAGCUGAAGGACCGACCGGUGGUUUCAUUGACCUGGGUGCACAUUCUUAUUGUGAUACAGGUUGAAGAAGAGUUGGGAGCAGGAGACAGUGGGAUCGUUGUGAAAGUAGGGGUUAUAAUAUUUGUGUCCUCCUUGUAGUAGUUUAAAAUUUUUUUAUUUUGUCUUACUUGGAGGCGAUAAAACAAGACCAGAAAAGCCUUGAAGGAAGUGAGAUAUUGGAAGCUGAACAACUGCUUUGAAUGGAAAUGCUGUUAUUACAGCUCCUUGUAUCUGAUGAGAAUGGGGGCGGGCAGAGGAGGUGGACAGAGGAAAGAGUAUAUAUUAUAUUCCCAUCACUUCUCAUCUCUGGUUUAAACACUGUGGGCCUUGAGACAGAUGUAGAAAGUAGUUUGCCCUCCUGAGGGACAGAACAGGGUGAAGGUGAAUAUUUAUGUAUUUUUAUAAACAAAUCUUGUAGUUUAAAUAUUUCUCCAGCACCCAUAUGUCUCCCCAUCUUAGAAAAGUUACCCUAAUGUUGCUUGUUUAAAAUGGGUUCUCAAAUACUCAUAUAUGGAAAAUGUGUUAUUAACAAUUGCACUAAUAGUAAUAAAAUGUAGUUACUCCAGGUGUAUAAAAUUUUGAAAAUUUUUUUAAAUGCUAUAUCUUGAGUGAAUUUUAAAUUUAAAUCAAAAAUUAACUUUUUAGACAGUUUGAGAAAGGAAAGUUAACUUUCAUUAGGAAAUGUGUCAGCUUUAAGGUAUAGUUUAUUUUCAUUUUUUAAAAUUCUUUCUAACUUGAUUGAUGAAUGGACCUGAGUUUUUACCCGGAGGACCUUAGCACAAGAAGAACUGUUGUCCUGCCAAUGCUGGGAGAUAUUUGCAGAGUAUUUUAUUUGGAGUGAAGAACUUAUUUAAGAAGUAUUUGCUUAUUUCCUUAUAUUUUAUUCUCAAACCUUGCCAACAGAGUUGUGAAUGUACUCGUGGGAAGAUCCGUGAAUGUAAGCGCAACCGGCUGUUAGGUUUUGUCUUAAAAGAACGGUGUAUUAUUGUUCAAUAAAAAUGGCACAGCUGUUCCAUGUU